UGCUUUUCUUUUUUUUUCCCUUUUAUUAUUAAAAAAAAAAAUGAAUUUUGAAGAUAUUGUAGAUAUGGAAUGGGUAGAUAGUCAUACUACUACUGAAGAGUAUAGUUUUGGUCAUCAAAAUGGCUUUUUAUUAGACACAUCUAUUACACCAACACAAAUAAUAGGACCUGAAAUAAAGAUGGAACCGAUUACAUCUAUACCUACAACAGAACAGAUUAAACAACUUAUUGAAAUUGCAAAAAAACAAUUAGCUUUAAGAGAACAAUUACAACAAUUACAACAACAAUCAAUACAAAUUUCUCAUCAACCUUUAUUUCAUGCUUUAACAAAUACUCAAGUAGAAGUGCAAACUGCUGCGCCAUCAACUAUCUUUGCCCCUCCUCCUCCUAUUCCUCCUCCUUCUUCUUCCACUACUACCACUACUGCUGCUAAUAUGACCACUAACACUAACACUACUAUCACUACUACGCCUAACUCUAAUUCUGAUUCUAAUCUAACAACAACAACUUCUGUAACUUCCCCAAGUUUUAUUACAUCUACAGAUAUGACUUUAACACCAAUUAAACUUGAAACUAUUUCGGAAGAAACAGCAAUCAACAAAGAAAAGAAAAUAAAUAAUAAUAAUAAUAAUAGAAAGGAAUCAUUUGCUUCAAUGUCAGAAGAAUCAAUAUCUUUAGAGGCUUAUGCAGAAGCAGAUGGUAUUGAUCUUAAGAAAUUAACACCAAAAGAACGUCGUCAGUUACGAAAUAAAAUAUCAGCAAGAAACUUUAGAGUACGAAGAAAAGAAUAUAUUUCUACUUUAGAAGGACAAGUCAAUGAACAUAAAAUACAAGCAGAAGCAUUAAAAGAGAAAUUAACAAAAGUAGAAGAUGAAAAUAAAAAACUACGUAAAGAAAUGGAUUAUUUAAAAAAACAAAACCAAAUCCUUCAACAACAAUUACAACAACAACAAUCAAUUGAACAACAACAAUCAAAAAAUCCUGUAUCAUCAACAUCAUCAUCUUCUUCGCCACGUAUUUCAUCUCCUUUACCAAAGCCUAAUUUAAAUAAAGAUAUUAGCAUUUUAGGCACAAAAGCAACUGAAUCAUAUCGACAACAAGACAAUUGUAUUCUUGUAUCAAAUGCAGUUAUGCCUGUUUGGGACUACAACGCCAUCCUUAAUAAGCCACUUGUACCAGAUUAUAUCCAACAGAUUGUAGCCCAAUUCUUAUUAUCUAUGAUACAAUUAACAACAAAGACAACUAUGUCUUGUGAAACAACAUGCAUUCAACAAGAAAAUGAAUAUAAACUACCCUUAAUGCCUGAUGAACGAGAUUUUGGCUCACCAAAAGAAAAAAAGAGUUCGCCUGAUAUGGAAGAUUUAUACGAUGUUUUGAUAGAAUCUUCCUUGAUUAAUAGUAAUUCUGUAUCUGAUAAAUUAUUUUUAUGGUGGGAUAAUAAAACUAUGUAAUUAUUAUUUGUUUAUUUUACAAAAUAAAUACAUCAUUUUUUUUU